AUUUUAGCUUUACCCCAGAUACCAAAUCCACUUUCCUCAGCAAAAGCCAGCCUUCAAAUCUCUUCCCUCAUCUUCCUUCUCUACUUCUCACUCUCUCUCUCUCUCACACUUCAUUCCACCAUGAAAUUUUCCUAAAAAAAAACAUUCUCAAAUUCAUCAAACAAAUAAAAAAAAGUUUCAAACUUUUGUUGUUUUCCAACAAUGGUUUCUCUAGAAGACUCUCACUCCAGCUCAAAUCGCUUCCCUUUACCACGAAACAUUUACACCACCUCCUCCACCAAGAUUUACCGACACGUCGGACGCUCGAUGCGCACGAUAAGGUCCAACAUGUUUCACAGCGACAACGGCGGCGACGACACCAACAGCUGCUCGUUUUCCGGCCCCGUCGCCGCCGUGAGAUCCGCUUUCGUGUCCGAAAACCUCACCGACUCUGUCGUCGACAUGCGUCUCGGCGAGCUGGCACUGCGGACCAACAAGUCGGUGAAGUCCAGUUCAUCGGAGGAGGAAUUUCUGGAUCUUUCUCAAGCUUUCAGUGACUUCUCAGCUUGCAGCAGCGACAUCUCCGGCGAGCUACAAAGGCUCGCGAGCUUGCCACCGCCGGCGUUGGAGGACAGCAACGGCCAGUCGAGCGAGGUUCACCCUGAGCCUUGCAUGGGGUUUUUGCAGAGAGAGAAUUUCUCUACCGAGAUAAUCGAGAGCAUUUCGCCUGAGGAUCUUCAGCCGACUGUGAAGAUCUGCAUAGACGGGCUGCAAUCGCCGUCGAUUGCUGUGAAGCGAUCUGCUGCGGCAAAGCUCAGGCUUUUGGCGAAGAACCGGGCCGAUAACCGAGCUCUAAUCGGCGAGUCCGGUGCCGUUCCGGCUCUGAUUCCGCUUCUCCGGUGUAGUGAUCCUUGGACUCAAGAGCACGCCGUCACGGCUUUGCUGAACCUCUCUCUCCACGAAGGGAACAAGAUGGUGAUUACUGAUGCUGGAGCUAUAAAGUCACUCGUUUAUGUGCUCAAGACUGGGACUGAGACUUCGAAGCAGAACGCUGCGUGUGCGUUGCUGAGCUUGGCUUUGGUGGAGGAGAACAAGAGCUCAAUUGGGGCUUGUGGGGCCAUCCCACCUUUGGUUUCGUUGCUGCUGAAUGGGUCCAAUAGAGGGAAGAAGGAUGCUUUGACGACGAUGUACAAGCUUUGUUCGAUAAAGCCGAAUAAGGAGAGGGCGGUGAGUGCCGGUGCGGUGAAGCCUCUGGUGGCUCUGGUGGCGGAGCAGGGGUCGGGGAUGGCGGAGAAGGCGAUGGUUGUGCUGAGUAGCUUGGCUGGGGUUGAGGAAGGGAAGGAGGCAAUUGUGGAGGAAGGCGGGAUUGCGGUGCUGGUGGAGGCUAUUGAGGAUGGGACUGUGAAGGGGAAGGAGUUUGCGGUGGUGACUUUGUUGCAGCUGUGUGCCGACAGUGUGAGGAAUAGAGGGCUGCUGGUGAGAGAAGGGGCUAUUCCUCCGCUGGUCGCGCUUUCGCAGACGGGGAGUGUUAGAGCUAAGCACAAGGCUGAAACUCUUCUUGGGUAUUUAAGAGAACCAAGACAAGAGGCAUCUGCUUCAAGUCCAUAGACAAGAAUGUAAGUUUACUCUUUGGCUACAGCAUGAAGUUGGCUGUUGAUGUAUAUAUAUGGAGUGCUUUUUGAUGGUUUGUACAGUGUGGUUGAGAAUUUUGGGAGAAAGUUUGUACAAGGAAGAAAGUUAGGGAAGCUAGUGAUCAAGCGACUGACUUUUAGAUAGAUGAUCAUAACUAGGUAUUGGGGUGUUUUUUUUUUUUUUUUUUUUUUUUUUUUUUUUUUCACUUUCAUUUACUAAUGUAUUCUAUUAUUAAAAAAUCUAAUGUAUUCUUGAGGUGGAAUACAUGAUUGCUUUUUAGGGUUUUUGGGUUGAUGAGAUUUGGGUUAUUGUCCUUAUAUUUUGUUUGGAUUACCCAAAAUUUGUGAAAAGGUUUACUGAUUGUCUGGUUUUAUUUAGUGAAGUUGAAGAGAGUUGUAGUA